UCUCUCUCUCCUCCGUGUCGAACUCAAACACGAACAGUAGAGCAAAAAAACGUCAAGAAAUAUCUCUGCUCGUUCGUUCGUCCACCAAGUCGGCGAGAUGGCGGGGAUCUCUCGCGCGAUCAGCGCCUGCGCCGCCGCGUCGCGGCGGAGCCUGGCGGCGGCGGCUUCUGCUGCGGCGCCGCCGAAGGACGCGGCUGAAGCGGGGGUGAGGGCGGCGGCGGCUGCGGCUGCGGCGACCGGGCGCACGGGGCGGGAUCGGGAGGACGGUAGGCGUGUGCAGUGGGUGUUCUUAGGGUGUCCUGGGGUCGGCAAGGGCACCUAUGCCAGCCGCCUCUCGCAGCUGCUCGACGUCCCCCACAUCGCCACCGGCGACCUCGUCCGCGACGCCCUCGCCUCACCCGGCCCCCUCUCCAAGCAGCUUGCUGAGAUUGUCAAUCAUGGAAAGCUGGUGUCCGAUGAGAUAAUCAUAAAUCUGCUCUCAAAGCGCCUUGAAGAAGGAGAAGAAAACGGUGAAUUGGGGUUCAUCCUUGAUGGCUUUCCUCGGACUAUAAGACAAGCGGAAAUACUUGAAGGUGUCACAGAUAUUGAUCUGGUGAUCAAUCUCAAACUCCGAGAAGAAGCUCUGCUUGCUAAAUGCCUUGGUAGAAGGAUGUGCAGCCAAUGUGGAGGAAACUUCAAUGUAGCCGACAUUGAUAUUGAGGGUGAGAAUGGCGCUCGAAUGUACAUGCCACCACUAAUGCCUCCUCCGCAAUGCGAGUCAAAGCUAGUUACUAGGUCUGAUGAUACCGAAGAGGUGGUAAAGGAGCGGUUACGUGUUUACCAUGAUUUGAGUGAGCCUGUUGAGGAAUUCUACCGAGCACGGGGCAAACUCUUGGAGUUCAAUCUACCAGGUGGAAUACCUGAAUCAUGGCCCAAGUUAUUGCAAGCCUUGAAUUUAGAGGACCCUGACAAUAAGAGAUCUGCAGCAACAUGAUCUUUGUUUUAGGAAUGCGCACUACACAUUUGUAGCCUAUGUCAGAAGUAGUUAAUUGAUGGGCAUUCCUUGUAUCUCUAGGAAUAGGUCAUUGGGGGCUCUAAAUUAUUUUGGUGUAGCACUCACUUGUAUAGUUGUUUGAUCAUCGAUGGGCAAGAUCGAUGAGUUAGUGCUGGUUGUCGUUCUCAAAUGAAGAGCCUGUAAAAGGCAAGAAAUAAUUAUCAACGCUUUUGAGACGUUCA